AUGGUGCCAAUCGAUUCUAGAGGUACGUUCAAGGUGUCUGAGGCAUUUCGGAGUUGGACAGUGAGAGAGCAGAGACACUCCAACACCAAAUACAAAUUUGAAUGUGGCAAAUUAGAGGAUUUUGACAUUAAGGAUGCUGUUGGAGGCCUUGUCUAUUGUAUGGAACACCUUGAGGAGAAUCUAGAUGAUUGGUUUGCAGAGCAAUUGGAAGGUUAUUUAGAUGAUGAUUAUCUUGUUUUUGACUGUCCAGGUCAAAUAGAGCUUUAUUCACACUUUCCUGUAUUUCGAGCUUUUGUUGAUCAACUCAAGCAUUGGAACUACAAUGUUUGUGCUGUAUAUUUGCUUGAUUCGCAGUUUCUUUCAGAUAUAACAAAGUACCUAAGUGGUUGUAUGCCAUCUCUUUCAGCAAUGAUUCAACUUGAAUUGCCUCAUGUUAAUAUCCUGACUAAAAUGGAUCUUGUUAAGAACAAGAAAGAGAUUGAAAAGUUUCUUGAUCCAGAUAUAAGGUUGUUGUUGUCAGACCUCAAUCAACACAUGGCUCCAUGCUUUGCAAAAUUAAACAGGUCACAGGUAGAAUUGAUUGAUGACUACAGUAUGGUGAACUUCUUACCUCUUGAUAUCACAAAAGAGAACAUCAUACAAUACAUCUUGUCCCAUAUUGACAAUGCCAUUAAGUUUGGAGAAGAUGUCGAUGUUAAGGUUAAGGAUUUUGAUCCUGAUUUUAAUGCUGCAGAAAGAUGCUAUGGCAGAUCAAGUGUUUGGCAAAGGGGUUGCAGGAAGAUGCAAAGUAAAUGCUCCAAACUUCAGCUGGUAUCCUCUCCUCCCUCGAGUGCCCUCCUAUCUCCAAAAGCUCUUCGUGGUGUUGGUAGGAGGGCAUUUGCAGUUUUAAUAAACAAAUGCCAAUCAAAGCAUCCUCCCUGCUGA